CCGACUGCUGGUCCUAUGGUGACGUCCAGUACGACCCCCGAGCGCCCUGUGGUGGUGGAGAAGAUCCUGAGGGUGACCUUGGACAUCAUCCACUUGUUGACCGGCCAGGACGAUGUUGUAGUGAAAAGGUCCGGUGGCUGCGUCGUCAUCGAUCCGCCGCCACCAGCACCGACGAGAAAUGACAAAGAGAAGAUCCUGGAUCUCAUCCACAAGAUGGUGGAGCUGCUGUCGGGAGAGAGGUCGGUGGAUACGAGAAAAGAUAUUUUGGAGGACGUAGCGCAGAAUGAUCGUCAGACCGUCCGCUCCUCGAUCGGUAAGAAGCCAUUUCUAGAGCGCGGCUCAUCUCCAGAUGAGCCGGACAUCACUUCUAGGUGCCCUGGAGAUGUUAAGAGCGAGAAGAAAUCUUCUUGGAACAUAACGGUGACGCUGAAUUCCUGCGGCGAAGGAAACCUCCAAGAUGGUCUUACGGACAGAUCUGCGGAAUAUACACAGGUUCGUGUUAAGGUAGGACAAGAUGCGAACGAUGGGGGUCACAUCCCUACCACGUAUGAAACGGAAGAACUAUCGUCGCUCAACAUUAAGGAAGAACCUGUGUCCGGGGACGAGGCUGAGGUCUCCUCCGCUCCGGCGGAUCAUUUUCGGCACAUAACUAGUCAGAUUAAGGAAGAAUCUUUCUCGGAUGAAGAGGAAUCUGUCCUAAGGAACGUAAAGGAGGAAGAAAUCCUUAGAGAUACGGAUAAUUAUUCAUCCACGUCCCACGUUAAGGUCAAACCGGACCCCAGCGAAGAAGACGACCUACGUGACGUGGACAAUGAUGCCCCCCCGACACACGCGCUGAGCGAAGGUAGAAGACUGAACGUAUCUGAGAUGGUUCACCCCAACGCAGAUGAUGCGGAUCAAGAUGGUACAAAAUGUUCCCCUAAUGGGUUAAAACAGGCUCGGCACCAGACGGCACAGAAAGUGUUUACAAGCUCGGAGCGCGGUAAGCGCGUGUCAUCGAAACCACCCGUCCUGGUCCACCAGAAGAUCCAGAAGCCGCUGGUAUGUUCGCAGUGCGGGCAACAAUUCGUCUUCAAGUCUCAGCUCAUCAGCCAUCAGAUGAACCACACGGGAAGGAAGACGUUCUCCUGUCAGGAAUGUGGGAAAUCUUUCGGCAGCGAGGCCGCCAUCCUGGCGCACAUGAAACUACACGCUGGAAAGGCUUCUUAUUCGUGUGCCGAGUGCGGGAAAUCUUUCGGGCAAAAGAACAAUCUCCAGCGGCACCUCAGCAUUCACACGGGAGAGAAACCCCACGCCUGCCCCGAGUGCGGGAAACGUUUUAUGUCUAAGAGUAAUCUCACGCAGCACUUGAGAGUCCACCGGCCGAAGACGAAGGAAACGUUCUGCUGCGCGGAGUGCGGGAAAUGCUACAAGCGAGGGGCGGAUUAUAGGUGGCACAUGUUAAUACAUCUCGGGGAGAAAUGAUCUCAGACCGGACUAUAAGCCGUAAUCUUCAGGACUAGACCUUUGUGGGGACACCGAAUGUCAUAUCAGGACCCCCAACAGUCAAACCAGUUUUCAAGAAGCUCUCUGGGAAAUGUUGUUGUUUUUCUUUUUUGUUUAUUAUUAUUAUUAUUAUUAUUAGAGAAUAAUGUAGAGCAGUGGUUUCCAACCUGCGG